GCUUUGCGGUAUGUUUGAUCACGUGACAUUUCGUCCUGCUGCAGCUUGAUUUUCUGUCAAUUUUUCUACAUUUUCAAGUGACAGGUUGAAGCAGAAGUGACCAUGGACAUGCGGUGAUCAAGAUGGCAUUGCCUAUUGCAGCGAUAGUGUGUAUCGUGCUCGCAUGCUGGGUGCUGGUAGUUUUAGGACUAUUUGCAUUAUACAUUUUCCUGAAGGGUCGUGGUUCGUGUCAAUGUGAGUGUCAGGCGUGCGGCAAAGAAGGAGACGAGAGCUGUACUUGUUGUAGAAACCUUGGUCAAGCUGAGUGUUGCGCCUGCGAUCCCAGCUUGCAACGCUGUCUCAACUCUUGUUGUCCAAAAAAGAAGUGCAGUUGUGUUGACAUACUGCUGUGCCAGUGUUGCGCUGAGGAAGGCCAGGACUCAUGUCUUGUGAAUAAGCUAGGCUGCAAAACAGGGCUCGGGUGUUGCGGUACUGAUUGUUGCGAUUGUAGGCCUAGCUGCGAUUUGUGUAAUUGCUGUGAAAGCUGUGGACCUUUUAUAUGCUGUUGCCUAGAGAUAAGACUUGUUUCCAAAUCUUCAUCAACUGCAAAAUAUAGAACACAGUCUUCUUCAUCGUCUGUUGACCAGGCUGGUAUUUUUAAACCCCAAGAGGAGAAAGAAACGCCAAGAAUUGUUCCCUCCGAAAGAAAUGCAGUACAGAACCAAAGAAAAAGGCCUGUGCAGACCGUGAAAAUGCAUAGUGACCCUAAUGUAUCUUUAAACAAAAUGAAAUUCAAAAGUAAAAGUCAGCCGUUUGAUAUAAAGGACAGUAAACCUGUAAGAAAGGUAACUAUAGAUAGAAAGACUCCGGGAAAGACACCAAGGUCUUUACCCAAACCUCCGGAUCUUGGAGAAAAUAAAUCCGUUCACAAAGCUGCUAGAACUAAACUACCAGCAGCCAGUGAAUUGAAAGAAGUGCCUGUCAGUUGUCUAAAUAAUGUGCCUUUACAUCACUCUAAUGGUAGACAUUCAGGGAGAGUUCAAAGUGAUCCUGACCUUAUACUUGGACUACCUCAGCACUGUGACAUUUUAUCUCUUUCAUAUGGAAGUAACGCAAGUAUGUCAAAUAUACGAUUGAGUAUGAAUGAACAGUUGGAGCCUGGUUCUAUUCUUGAUGGUUCUGGAACACACAGAAGUUCUGCAGGAGACUCUGUGUUCUAUGGUGUAACCAGCACACCUAGAGUUCAAGGUCAGGUGCCUACCUUGACCUCUCCACGACCCCUGCCAGUGCCAAAGGAUAGAUAGCACAUUCUCAUGUUCUGUUCUAUCUGUGUAAAUGCCAGUAUGACUGCAAAUAUACCAUCGACGACUGGAGCGACAGACUCCAAAUGAAAUGUAGCCAGUGCCAAUGCGACUGUUCUCGCUUAGCCUUUAAUUCUGCCUGCUGUCUUUGCAUCAUUGCCAACAACUUGUUCAGUAAGUUUAAAACAGACUUAACGGAGUGCCAGAUUGACCAAUCCAACUAUAAAGAAGUUCUGAUUUGCUGCAGAAGAAUCGUAUGUUGUUGGCCCACUGACAACUACUGUGCACCAUGUUGUUACUUUUGUAAGCACCAACUCUGUAAAAAGAAUGAUAAUUGCUGUAAAGCUCCAGAUUGUUCUGAUUGUAAAGAUUGUAAAGAUUGCAAAUUUGAUUUAGAUUGUGAUUUGGAUGAUUGUUACUGUUGCCAAGAUAGAACACGUUUCAAAAAAGGUUGUUGUAGCGACCAAUUUAGUAACAUUUGUACAUGUGUAAAUUGUCUAGAAAAUGGGAAACAAGUUCACUGGGAUGUUACAAUAGACAAUGACACCUUUAAAGUUUGUCAAGGGUGUCAUAUUGUGUUUCAAGAGUUAUCCGUUAGUGAUGCAGAGUGCUGCGAUAGUUAUGAAAGGCUUCAUAUGCAUGGGAGAAGAUGCACAUGUUUUGGAUGCCACAUUUAUGGCAUCCUACCAUACCCUUUAAAUGGCAAGUUUAAAUGUUUAGGGCUACAGAGGAAAGACCAAGACUAUUAUUCAAAAUGUCCACUUCAUUGUACUGCUAAUAAUUUUGUUGUAGGAACCGUUGCAAUUGCUUUCCAGAUAUGUUACUUCUUCGUUUAUAAUGUUAUCUCGAUUGUGCUUGCCAUUUUAGCAGUGCCACUUAGUAUAUUGAUUAAGGUUUUCAAAGUACUGUUUUGCAAGUGCUCCGACUUGGUUGACAGUGGGUUUAUCCUGUGUCUACAUUGGAAACAGACACAGGGGGAAAGUAGUGAAUCUUCAGGUAUACCCCAACCUGAAACUGUUACCAUAGAUGAACAGUACACUGCAUGUGAGUUCUGCUGCUGUUGUGCAUUGCACUAUUGUAAUAUCUUAGACUGCGACCUUAGUCCAAAAUCUCGGAAGCAAUUACAUCAGUCUAUUGACCAAACGAGGCGUGCCCAAAGUGAGCCUGGGUUUAAUAGUGGCUUGAUACCAGCUGGAUUACAGUUGAGGGCAAUACAUUCAUCUCCCUAUCCAGGAUCAAACCCAUCGCAUUAUACCGGUAGACAUCCCUCUCCACUUUCUCUUGUGGUUGAGGAGAAUGAAGAUGAAGAUCAAGCAAAUGAUGAGGCUCUUCAGAGAAGUAAAUAUACACAUAGAGAAUCUAAUUUAAGAGCACAAAUGGGUAGUCAACAUUAUGAUUUACCAGAUAACUACUUUUCAAGUGUAACCCAACAGCCAAGUAGAUUACCAAGCACAAACCUCGAUGACAUUUCUAGACUUUUUAAUCGCCCGGAGUCGCGAUUGACUGAAAGAAAUGGUGAAUAUUAUGAAAACUAUGAUCCAUACGCUGAAACAAGCACCCCUUUGUAUGCAAAUAUUGAUCGUGGUCAUUUAAGGGAACAUUUCCCCCAAAGUGAUGAUUCAAUUCAACGUCCAGCAUCAGCACAUGAUUAUGAAAACAUGCAACAGAUAAUUACUGCACAACCGUCAUCAAAAGGAAGUUCCCAUGCUGCAACUUUGUCUAGUAGACAUUCAACACAGGGCAAGCCUGGACCCAUGGAAGACAGAACUACUUUUAGAGAACCAACUAGUAUGGAUGAGCUGCCGAUUCGUCAACCUUUGGAUAGAAGGCGUUCUCAUGAGAUUGCCAGUAACCGAUCUCUACGUCACAAGUACUCUCAAGAAUAUCUAAAUAAACGAGAAUCUCGUGGCGAGUUGAGAUCACACUUACGAUCAAACGCUGAAGAGUUGAACAAUUUAUCCAGCAUGUCAUGUGAAUAUGACGGAAGUGAUGUUACUAGUACUGAAGAAUCUGAAAACGAAGUGACACAAAAUCAAUUGUAUCUAGAUCAUCUUAUGAAAGACGAUAAAACAGUCCGCAUUUCAAAUCAAGGAGCUCGUUCAAAGAUGCUAAGCACGAAAUCAAUAAAUGUAAAUCAAAGUAAGCUUAGUUCCCAGAGCAGCGGUUACUUAAAACCACGAGUGGGUCGACAAUACUCAGAGCAUGAUUAUGAUGAACCUGUGUUCUACGAAGAUUUGCAGAAAUAUUCCAGUGAAGAAGAAAACAUUUAUGCUUCACCACGUAACUUAAGUCAGGCAUGUAUGCCCUCACAGAGAGCCAAAAGAGCAAGUCGCGAAUAUCAAAAUCAGAAAAGCAUGGAAAUCCUAGUUAAAAAGUCAGAAAGUAACAAACGAAAAAUGUCACCAGUAAAGAAAAAACACGAUGUAGAAUCGAAUGGUGGUCUCGAAAAAGGUUACAAAGAUGGAACAAAUGAAAAUGGUAAUGAUGGAACAGAAUAUGGAAAGGGUUCUAAAUCUUUAGAGAAGUCCGGGACAAUAAGUGAACGGCUGAAAAAAAUACGGUCACGGUCAUCAGUUUCAGUAGAUCCAGGUACUAAAUCGUCUGCCUUUGAAGAGGAAAGUUCAGCUAAUAACUCGGCGACGGUAAGAUCCCCAUUUGAAUUAUUCCAAGCAAAGUCAGUAGGUGGGGAAGAGAUGACUGUUGUUGACAUUGAAGGUUUUGAGGAAGAUCGAUUGUAAUGGAAUGUAUGAGCGUAAAUGUGGUGCACUCGAACUUGAGACAUGCAGAAUGGUACUAAAUGAAACGUAUUAUUUUAGUUUAAUUAGAUGAACCAGUACUGCCUUCACGCGUUUAAUAUAACUGAUUAUGAACAUAAACGUUCAGCCCUACUUGCUCAUAUUCUUUAUGCAUGCAUGUGAUUUUGUGCAUUGUCACAUGGAAUUUUAUUCCUGUGUAAUUUACGCAAAACAUAUUACGAGCAACUGUGAUGUACUGUAUUCCGUCCAAAUGUUCUUUGUUUUAUUUUUCCUUUCUUUGUUUUUGAACACAGUAUAAUAUGUAAUCCAUAUUUUAUUGUAUUUAUGUUUACACUCUUUGGGAAUGUUUUAAUCUUAGUCAUGUAAAUGUUAUUGCACUAAAUGUUUGCUUUUAUGACCCAUUAUUCUCUUAAGUAGAAUUUCAAUUCAAUUUGUUUAUCGAUUUCAUGCAUAAUUAGGAAUGGUUAUGUAUUAUUAUGCCAUUGAACAUUUUAAGUAUUAUUAUGAGGAAAACUCUUUUCUUAUUCACUGAUAAAGGUACCUGUCAUUUUUAGUCAUUUAUAGAUAAAUUGCCUCAUAAUAUUUCUUGAAAUGCGUUUUGCAAGUUAGUUUAUGCAUCUCUUUCAUCAUGUAUUAAUUUAUUAUUGUUAGUUGAGAGUUUGAAUAAAUAAUGCUAUUAAUUGUA